GCUUUUGGGGGCCCUCUGGUAGCCACGGGGGCCCUAAGCAGCCGCUUAGUUCGUUUAUGCCUUGGGCCGGCCCUGGGUCACUCAAGGUAACCAGUCGUGUGUUAGCCGGGCUAGCUAGCUAGUAGUGGCACAGAACACUGUUACUUAUGUAAAGGGACUGAAAUUAACAGUACAAAAAAACACCAGGGACAAAGACAACACCGGCAACCCUGGCACCAUGCAUUAUUUUUGUAAUUUAUUCUUUAAAUUCAGUCUUGUCACACUAUGUAACUUUGUUCUAAACAGGACUUGGUGUACAGCCACAUACGAUUAGUUUGUUCUCCUUCUUGAAAGUGAAACCUCGAAAUGUUGCUAAGUUACAAGACACAAGAAAACAAUCCGAUUGGUCAACGCUUAAAUUAACGCUCCUCAUUUACAUAAAGUUGAGAAUAUUUCAGCUGAUGCUCCACCCUGUCCGCUUUGCUGUAGUGGACAUGCACUAAAUGCAUGUAUAAUGACAUAACAAUGUCAGAUUCAUUAGGUGUGAUUGCUCUCAGCAAAGGCACCUUAUUUUGAUGUCACAUAUUUAUUUAUUUAUUAUUCACACCCUAAUGCCUUGGCCAUACCAAAUGUGCCAUUGUGGAUGCAUAACAACAGAAGUUCAGUUAUGUCCAAUGAACAAGUGCGUUAUGAUGCAAAGAGGUGUAGCACUAUGCGUACCCUUUGUGGCUGCAUCACGUUUUGGUUGUUGCAUGCGUUGGACUUUUCCUACUUUGGCGCCAAAACAUCAACAACAAUCAAACCGGAAACUUUUGCUAAAUAAAUAGAAAAGUAAUCUCAUUCAAAAAGCACUUUGAGAAUGGAAUUGAGUGAAUAUAUUUGUAAAUGUAUUAAAUAUUUUUUGUAAAACACUUUUGCCAACAUAAUUAUAACUUAACAUAUAUUCAAUCAGUACACUAAAUCUUCCGCACAAUGUGAAAUGUUCCGUGAAAUUUGAGCAGACUUAAAUCCACGCACGACUACUUAUAGAACGCUAUUUUGGCAGCUUGUUAACUUCUGGGAGAUAGGUAGCUACCUAAAAUGUUAAGACAGCUGCAGAAACGCCACAGGCAAAGGUCAGGGUGAAAACAUUUAGCUAUAUUUCCAGUCCUGUAGUGCCAUUCAAUAUCUGGAUGGAUAAGCGCAAGACGGUUUUCCCUACUUACAGCGCAGAGAGAUGGUCACAUCACAUGAACCCCUAGUCUUCAGACAGGGACGUUGUUACUGACACAUAAUGAUCACUUCUAGUAAACUUAUUAUAUUGCCAGUCUUCCAGAAAAUUCAAUUUUAAUGAUAAGGCAAUAAUAAAGGCAAAAACUUAUUUGAUGUGUAGUUUUAACCUAUUUUGGUUUUUGGCCAAUUGAAAACCUUAGUUGUCACAAGGCCACUUGUCUAUAUUAUUUGCUAGACAACGGUUCAAUUGGAAAUGUGCCAAACCAUAAUUCCAGCAAACAUUUUAUAGCCAGUUUUCCAAAAUUAAGUUUCAAGCUUAGUUACGUUGUUGGGGGCAUAAUUUCAAUGAACUGGUACUGUUUGAAUCUCGACUCCAGCUAACAUACUCUUUACAGGCCAGUCAAGUUUUUCCCAACCAAUCUCAACAAAUCAUUUUUGUAUUGACCUCGCUUUGUUCAUUGGGUUAAAAUCAAGCCAACUGGAGGGGAGGCUGUUUUUUGUUGUUUUGUACUAGAGACUAGAGAGUUCUACCCAUGGAUUUAUUUAUGCGAAAGCAUAGAAUGUGACACAAGACAAUUCUGUGCUUCAACCUUUGUGACAACCUUUGUGUGGAAGGGCCUUUUCUGUUUUGGUUUGAUUAUGCUCCUCUGCACAAAGCGAGGUGCCACAAGCAUACCUAAAAAAUGUCCAUGCAAUUUCCCCUUUUCUAGUUAAAAAAUAAUGUACUAAAAUAAAUUUAAAACAAUAAUUAGGUUGUUUAACACAACAAAUAUGGUAAAUGGACUGCAUUUAUAUAGCGCAUUUUCUACCUUAACACAUUUUCUACCUUUCCAUUUUGCCUCUCAAUCACCCAUUCACACUCACACAUACCUAAAGCGGCGUGCUGUCGUGCAAGGCGCCGGCCUACCCAUCUGGAGCAAAUUGGGGUUCAGAGUCUUGCUCAAGGAUACUUCAGCACAUGGCCUGGGAGGAGUCGGGGAUCAAACCGCCAACGUUGCGAUUAACAGACGACUCUCUCUACCCCCUGAGCCACAGCCGCCCCUAUACAUUUCAUAAAUAUAUGUGACCCAAACACUGAAGUAGAAAUAUAGAGACAUUGGUUAUCAGUUAAAACCACUGAGAGAAGAGAGAUCUCAGAAGCAGAACCCAAACUACCAAUCAGGAGGAGACACAGCAUGAAGUCGGUGCCUCUAAACAGUCUGGCUGAGCUGGGACUCUCCUGGUGCUGCCCCUCGAGGAGAACUACUGCCUCUAAAUGAGUCUGUCUGGGGAGAUAGAGGAAGGGGGCCAUGCCUCAAAAAUUAGUCUCUCUGGGGAGAUAGAGGAAGGAGGCCCUGCCUCUAAAAUGAGUCUCUCUGGGGAGACUGAAGACACAGUCAAAAGGAUCGAGCAUCAGAGACCAGCCUCACCUGUACCCAGCUGUGUGUCCAUGAAGAGUGACAGGUCUAUGCUACUCCCAUUCAACUUCAGAGAAGGAGAUCUUACCACUGAGUCAGGGAUCAAGCAUCAGAGACCAGCCUCACCUGUACCCAGCUGUGUGUCCAUGAAGAGUGACAGGUCUAUGCUACUCCCAUUCAACUUCAGAGAAGGAGAUCUUACCACUGAGUCAGGGAUCGAGCAUCAGAGACCAGCCUCACCUAUACCCAGCUGUGUGUCCAUGAAGAGUGACAGGUCUAUGGAACCUCCAUUCAACCUCAGAGAAGGAGAUCUUAACAAUGAGUCAGGUCUGCUGCCACCUGGACAACAGGACAUUCAGAGAAGCAUUGACAUCAUUGUGAGUGGACUCCAAAGAAUGUUAGGGACUCAUAAAGCCACUAUGAAGAGGAGGUUUGAACAUGUGGUUGAAGGCAUCAUGACAUCAGAGAAUGCCAUCCUCCUCACCAGUAUCUACACUGAGCUGUACAUCACAGAGGGAGACAGUGAAGGGGUUAAUAAUAAACAUGAGGUCUGGCAGCUUGAGACGGCAUCCAGGAUACGAAUCACACACAACACACCCAUCAACUGCAAUGACAUCUUCCAGCUCCUACCUGGCCAAGAGAGACUGGUCAGGACUGUGCUGACGAAGGGCAUCGCUGGCAUUGGAAAAACCGUCUCUGUGCAGAAGUUCAUCCUAGACUGGGCUGAAGGGAAGGCAAAUCAUGAGGUGGAUGUGAUGUUUGUGCUUCCUUUCCGGGAGCUGAAUCUGAUCAAAGAUGUCCGGUACAGUCUCCUUCAACUGCUGAGAGAUUUCCACCCAGAACUUCACAUGGAGGAUGGAGAGACCCUCGCUGUCUCCAAAGCCAUGUUCAUCUUUGAUGGUCUGGAUGAGAGCCGACUCCCUCUAGACUUCAGAAGAAACCAGAGCUGGUGUGAUGUCACUGAGUCCACCUCAGUGGAUGUGCUGCUGACCAACCUGAUCAGAGGAAACCUGCUUCCCUCUGCUCUCAUCUGGAUAACCACUAGACCUGCAGCAGCCAAUCAGAUCCCUUCUGGGUGUGUUGACCUGGUGACAGAGGUAAGAGGGUUCAAUGAUGCUCAGAAGGAGGAGUACAUCACAAAGAGAUGCAGUGAUGAGAUCCUGGCCAGGAGAAUCAUCUCACACAUCAAGACAUCAAGGACCCUCUACAUCAUGUGCCACAUUCCAGUCUUCUCCAGCAUGUGUGUGACAGUCCUGGAGCACAUGCUGAGAACCGAUAGCUCAGGAGAGAUGCCCCAGACCCUGACUGAGAUGUACACACACUUCCUGCUCAUUCAGACCAAGAUGAAGAACCAGAAGUAUCAAGAAGGAAACGGGACAGAUGAAGAGGAGCUCUUGAGGUCCGACCAGGAAGUUCUCCUGAAGCUGGGGAAGCUGGCGUUUGAACAUCUGGACAAAGGCAACCUGCUGUUCUACCAGGAAGACCUGGAAGAGUGCGGCCUCCAUGUCCAAGAAGCAUCGGUGUACUCUGGAGUGUGCACGGCCAUCUUCAAAGAAGAGUCUGUGCUUUUUCAGAGGGUGGUGUACUGCUUUGUGCACCUGAGCAUCCAGGAGUUUCUCUCGGCAAUCUACACAUUACAUUGUUACGCAACCAAAAACAUGGAAGCACUGAGGCCGUUCCUACGUAGGAAGACUAAAGCUCUACCUGAGAAUCUAUCUUUGGAAGACCUGCUGGAGGAGGCAGUAAACAUAGCUUUGCAGAGUAAGAAUGGACACCUGGACCUCUUUGUGCGCUUCCUCCACGGCCUCUCACUGGAGUCCAAUCAGAAGCUGUUAAGAGGCCUGCUGACUCAGACCCAGAGGAGUCCAGAGAGCCUGAAGAAGACGAUAGGAUCCCUCAAGAUGUUGCAGAAGAACAAGAUCUCCCCAGAGAGGUACAUCAAUCUCUUCCUAUGCUUGAUGGAGAUGAAAGAUCAUUCAGUACAGCAGGAGGUUCAAGCAUACUUGGAGAAUAAAUCAUCCAAGAACCUGUCUCUAACCCACUGCUCAGCACUGGCCUACAUGCUGCAGAUGUCAGAGGAGGUUCUGGAUGAGUUUGACCUGCAGAAAUACAAGACAUCAGAGGAGGGGCGCAGGAGACUGCUCCCAGCUUUGAAGAUCUGCAGAAAAGCUGUACUCUCUGGAUGUAAACUCACUGAUGCAUCAUGGGAAGUGGUGUCCUCAGCCCUCACCUCCAACCCAUCCCAUCUGAGAGAGCUGGACCUGAGAGACACUGGCCUGCAGGAUCGAGAAUUGAAGCUUCUCUCUGCUGCACUGGAGAAUCCAAACUGCAAACUGGAGACUCUGAGGUUGCCAGACUGUCACCUCACAGUGGAAGGCUGUGCUUCUCUGGCUUCAGCUCUGAAGUCAAACCUCUCCCCUCUGAGAGAUCUGGAUCUAAGCAACAGUGACCUGAGGGAUUCAGGCAUGAAGCUGCUCUCUGCUGUACUGGAGGAUCCACUCUGCAAACUGCAGACACUCAGGUUGCCAGCCCUUUACCUCACAGAGGAAGGCUGUGCUUCUCUGGCUUCAGCUCUGAAGUCAAAGCCCUCCCUUCUGAGAGAUCUGGAUCUAAGCAACAGUGACCUGAGGGAUUCAGGCAUGAAACUGCUUUCUGCUGUACUGGAGGAUCCACUCUGCAAACUGGAGACACUGAGGCUGUCAGGCUGUCUGGUCACAGAGGAAGGCUGUGCUUCUCUGGCCUCAGCUCUGAGGUCCAACCCCUUCCACCUGAGGGAACUGGACCUGAGCUACAAUCAUCCAGUAGAAAAAGGAUUUAAGCUGCUCUCUGCUGGACUGGAGGAUCCACUCUGCAGACUGGAGAAACUCAACGUGGAUCAUGGUGCAGAGUGUAGGAUCAAAUCAGGCCCUAGGAAAUAUGCAUGUGAGCUCACACUGGACCCAAACACAGCAUGGAGAUACCUCUCUCUGUCUGAGGAGAAUAAAAAGGUGACAAGGGGGACAAAACAGCAGUAUCCUGGUCACCCAGAGAGAUUUGAGGACCGCCCACAGGUGCUGUGUAGAGAGGGUCUGUCUGGGCGCUGUUACUGGGAGGCAGAGUGGAGUGGAGGAAGGGUUUAUAUAGCAGUGACAUAUAAAGGAAUCAGCAGGAGAGGAGGGAGUGUCUGUGUGCUUGGACAAAAUAACAAGUCCUGGAGUCUGAGGUGUGAUGAUAACAGUUACUCUGCCUGUCACAAUAAUAAGAGCACUGCUAUAACUGCCCCCCCUUCCAGCUCCCACAGAGUAGGAGUGUAUCUGGACUGGCCGGCCGGCACUCUGUCCUUCUACACAGUCUCCUCUGACACACUGACCCACCUGCACACAUUCCACAGCACAUUCACUGAGCCCCUCUACCCUGGGUUUUAUGUUUCAUUUGACUCCUCAGUGUCCCUGUGUCAGAUAAAAUAGCCCACACACACUGUGCUCACAUAGAUGUUAUUGAAGAUUGAACUGUAUACAAUUGUAAUUGAUAUCCCAGAGUGUUUGUAAAUAUUGGUGUGUCUAGAAUGUUUGUUUUGAUUGUUGACAAACAAAACAUUUAGGACCAGUAAUAUGACAGUAUUACCCACUUGAAUAUACACUGUGUGUGUCUAGUACAGGGUAUCCGCGGGGUCUUAAAAGUAUUAAAAGUUGAUAAAUCCAUUUAGGGAAAAUUAAGGCCCUUAAAAGGUAUUAAAAAGUCUUAAUCCUGAUUUUAUGAGGUAUUACAUUUUGUUCAAAAAAGUAUGCAUGAAUAUUUAUUUUCCUCCCAUGACUAUUAUAAACAACGACGUGCUCGGUCAGCGAGUCACGUAUUUUGCGAAAUGCACGGUUAGGUGAUGUGUCGCCCUCCACAUGUCGCGAAACAGACUACGAAAUGGGGAAAUGUACAUUUGCGGACUCGGGUUAUUCGUCGUAGCUCGCUAAGCAGUUUAGCGAGCUAAUUUUCAGGCUAAGAUAAAACACGCCC